AUGCCUUUAUCCUUUUAUCUCGCUUUCAUUUUUCUGAUCUUUCACUCUUUAGCUAUCUUAGUCUCUUUCUUUUCUUCUUUCUUAUUUUCCGUUGCUUUCUUUCCUUCCUUCUUUCUUUCUUUCUUUCUUUCUUUCUUCGUUCCUAGUUUUCCUUCCAUACUUUCCUUCAUUUGUUCUUUUUCCUUUCAUUUUCAUUCUUGUAUAUUAUUAUACAUAUUUAUUUUUCCGUUCCUACUUUUUUCUUUCUUUUUUCUUUCUUUCUUUCUUUCUUCACAUGUUUAUUUAUUUUUCCGUUCUUACUUUUUCUUUUCUUUCCUCUUUCUUUCUUUUUUUGAUUUCCUCUUUCUUUCUUUCUUUCUUUCUUUGAUUUCCUCUUUCUUUCUUUUUUUCCACUUUUCCUUCCGUUCUUUUUUUAUUUCUUUACAUAUUUAUUUUCCAUUUUUCCUUUCUUUCUUUCUUUUCCUUCCAUUCUUUGUUUUUUUCUUUCUUUCUUUUCCUUUCAUUCUUUCUUUCUUUUCCUUCCAUUCUUUCUUUUUUCUUUUACUUUCUUUCUUUCUUUUUUCUUUUCCUUCCAUUCUUUGUUUUUUCUUUCUUUCUUUUCCUUCCAUUCUUUCUUUCUUUCUUUCUUUCUUUCUUUUUUUACAUAUUUAUUUUUCCGCUCCAACUUUUUCUAUCAUAUCAUUUUUCUUUCUUUCUUUUCUCUAUUUCCAUUUCCGCCCCUCCUCCACAACUGUUUCCUACAAUUACUUAUGCCAAAUCAUACAAUUUCUCCGUCUGUCCAAGCUGAAAGCAUCUUUGAAAUUGACACUAAACACAUUAUAUGUCGUCCGUAAAGCUUUCUAUUAA